AUGUCGAAAGAAAAUAAUAAUUUGCGGUUAAUGGGCUCACCUGUGAACUUGUCUUAUAGAAGUAAGAAGAAAGACGAUAAAAGAAAUAUUCGGAAUAGACCACGAUCCGCUUUACAAAGCACUGUUUGUAUUACGCCGGAUCAUCCAGAAAGAUACAAGAGACCGUUCUCAGCUGAUACAAAAGACCGAGCACCAUCAACCAGAAACUUUUUAAAAGCAUUCAGUGCUGAGCUACUGCAAUCAUAUAACAAUUCUGCAACUACUACUAUAAAAAUAGUAGCACCUACUACUGAUCUACUAAGAGACACCAAAACCAUUGAGCCUCAUUCUAGUAGGAACAAAGAGAUAUGUAGUAAUGCUUCAGACUAUGGUUCUGAAGACACCUUCAUUAGUUUAGGAACUAAAAUCAAAGCUAAAGCUCAACUAGGGACAAAGAAAAACGUGAAUUCUAAAAACUUCGUUAAGUACAGAAACAUAGCUAAAAAGAACAGGAAGUCCAUGGAGAACGCGAUUAACGAAGAUGUGAACCCUCAGGAAUAUGGACUAGAAGUAAAGAUUGUGGAGAGAGCUCAUUCCCCCACUAGACAUAAGAAUAUUUAUCACGGCAGGCCUUUAUCACCCUCGUACAAGACUCGAGCUUAUGAGUCAUAUUUCAUACCACUUGAAGAAGCGAAGAAAGACCCCGAGUUCGGACAUGGAUCGUAUGCCGAACCCAGCAUACAGUCAGAAGUUGAGAAAGCUAUUGAUACGUACAAUCGCCGUCUCACCAUCUCCAAACAACAGCUAUCUUUGGUAGAAGAAGAAUCUACGCAAGACCUAGAAAGUGUUCCUUCACAGCACAUGUCCAGUUUGUCUCCAGAAAUUUCGCUUGAGGACAAAAUUGCUAAAAGUGACCAUGGUGACAACUUGACUAAUAGAAACACUUACGCUGUUGAUAUUAAAGGCGAUGAUUAUCAUAAAAUCACCCAGAGCUUCAUUUGCGAAUCGCGGACUUAUACCAGCUUUUUUGAUGAUUUUCGCACGAACCCCAUUGACGGAUAUAAAACUAAAUUAUCUAGUACCGUGGUUCACACUGAUUCCUCAUCUAAAGACUCUGGGUAUCCUGACAGUGGACCAAAUGAAGAUAGGUUUUACACACAGAACUAUUCGCUGCCAAAUACGUCGAUGCUAAAGAAGUCUAACUCGCAUGAUAAAGUGGAAGAGCAGCCCAAGAGCUUGGACAGUGUCUCGACGAAUAGCAAUGAUAAAGUGUACCACAAAAGUUAUCUACCUGAUAGAAAGAGUCAAUGGGCUGAGCCAUUGAACCACAGUCGCUUGCUGUACAAAGACUUCUUCUUAAAGAAGGAGGGCCACAUCGCACUGGCUCCACAGAACUCUCCGAGCAAGACCGAGGUGCACAUACCUGGUAGUAGUGAAGGAACAGACGAGCUCAAAUCCGACAAUACUGAAAAUAAUUCAGAUUACCCGCCUUAUCUUAUUAACAGUACUACGAAAGCGUACACUUCAAAAGUCAUUGAAGACUAUAAAAAAGAACUAGAAGCUAUAAAUAACCUGCAUGACCUCACCCUCAAAGAUAUACAGACUGACGCCAUAUCUCCCACUCCUCUUAACAUUGACAAGAUGUUCGAAGAUGCAUCCAACUUCGAUGAUAAGAUGGACACUAGUGAAAAUUCCCAAGAAAGCAUUGUGGUACCUCAGUCACCGGUAAAAAUGAAAAAUUCCACUGAUGCUAAACGAGACGUAUCCAAAAUUUCAACAAAGGAACUGAUACAAAACUAUUUGAAAGUCAAAGAAGGUGAUUAUGGAAGUGGGUCGAAAAACUUGAAAAAACCUGAAAGGAAAAUAAACAACGGUGCAUCAGGGGAAAGUUCAAUGGGAUUCAAACAAGAAUGGAAUAACAAAAGUCCUAAGGGCGUUACCAAGAAUCAAAUUCCGGUAAACAUAAGGAACCAAACUCAGAAGAACAUGUUUACUAUUCGUACUCCCAUGAGCGCUAGGAUUGAAAGCGUGCAGCAUGACAAAGAUAUCGAUUCGUGGAUGUCACUCUCCGCGCCUUCACCCAGGAUCAUUGAAAUUGAAGAAAUUCCAAUAGGAGAUGAACCAAAGCAACUAGAACCUGUAAAACUUGAGGAGAAAAUAGAAACAGAGAGACCUGCGCCUCCUCCACCUGACGAUAAAUGUCCAAAAACGCCCAAAGAACUGAACAACCAGUCUACAGUGUUAGAUAUUUACUCGAUGCUGAAGGAAAUUGAGAGUUACGGCGAGAACCCCGUGGUAGAAGUUACGAAUAAUAUUAUACCUGAACCAGAAAGCAAGAAAGAAGAAGAUUUCUCGCCGAAGGAUAAUUUUAUGGAAAUAUUUGAGUUCUUGGAGAAAGUAGAACAGAGUGCCAAUGAUGCUUUAUCCGUAGUUACUAAUACGACUCCGCAAAGUACCCCAAAGCUGGAAACUCUACUCAAGUUACCCCAGACAGAACUGGCGCAAAGAUUAGUGACAGCUUCACUACAGCUGGAGGAACGAUCGUGCUGCAUUGCAUUACUGCAAGAGAGCCUUGCCAACCAUAAAGAACAGAUGAUAAAUAAAGUGAGCAACUUAGAGAAGCAGUCCAAUCGUAACAUCAGUAAAGUAAAGCAAGAAUGUGAGAACACUAUCAAGAGACAUCAGAACUUUAUUGAUCAGUUAAUCAACGAUAAGAAGACGCUGAACCAUCGCAUAGAACAGCUGGUGGACGAGCGCCGAGCGCUAGAGGAGCGCUGGAAGAGAUCUGCACAGGCUCUAGAGGAGCGGUACAAGUUGGAACUGCGCAACCAACAUGACAAGAUGCAGGCUGCGCAACAGGUGGCAAGACAACGCUGGGUGAGGCAGAAAGCAGAAAAAAUCAAGGAGUUGACAGUGAAAGGUUUGGAAGGAGAGCUGAGGGAGAUGGCAGAACGCCAGCAGAAGGAGGUGUCGGACCUGAAGAUGUCUCACGCGGAGCAAACUGGACGGAUGCAGGCCAAGCAUGCACAGGACUUGGAGGACCUCAGGAGAGUGCUCGAGGAAGAGAAAGAGGCAGCUUUGGUUAAGGAGAGACAUUUGUCUAGCUCUAGACUAGAGAAGCAGAUUUUGGAAAUUGAGCUAACCUACCAGGAGCAGCGUACCCGCUUGGUGUCGGAAAUGAGGGCCGAGAAUGAAAGAGUGGCCGCUGAAUUGGCAGCCAGGGAGAAAAUGCAGAGAGAGGAAUUAGAGAAAUGGCGAGAAGAACAAGAGAACGAGAUGAAAGAGAAACGAAUACAAAUGGAACUGGAGAUCAUGAAAGAAAGGGAGAAAAUGGAGGAGCAAAUGAAGCAGAAAGAAGUAGAAAUGAAGCAGCAACUAGAAGAACAUAAGAAGCAGUUGGAAGUGGAGCAGCAGUUGCAGAUAAAGCGGAAGACGGCAGAGAUAUCGGCACAGCACAAACACGAGAGGGACAGGGAGAUAGAGAGGGCCAUCGACAAUAUGGAGGCUGAGGCACAGGCGGGGAGGAGGGAACUACAGGACGCACUCAGGAGGAAUAAGGAGCAAUACGAGGCGGAGCUGAAGGAGCUAGCAGAGACGGAGCAGGCUACGCUGCGACGCUACCAGGACGCGCAGGCCAGGAUACGGCAGACAGAGGACAAGUGUGCUGAAUUGGAAGUGACCAUCUCGCAACUGGAAACUCGGAACAGGGUUUUAACUGAAAAGAACACGCAGUUGGAAACUCGAGCGGAAGAGGUGCGAGCUCAGUGCGCGGAGUCAUGGCGGGGCAAGCUGGACGCGCUGCAGCGAGAGAUUGAAGACAUGAAGAAAACACACGAGGAACAGAUGCACCAGCUCUAUGCCAAGGUGAAGGUGGCAGUGGCCCGCAAGGACUCGGCGAUACAAGCGCUCACUCGCGAGGCUGGGAAGUACCAGGAGAAGAUCACGCUGCUAGAACAGAAGUUGCAACAGCAAAGGAAGGACUUCUUGCAGAAGAAAUGA